UCCGACAACAUGGCGGGCGUACAAGGCGUACAAUCAGCAUCUUCUCUCAUCAACAAUGUGGAGAAAUUAGAUAUAAACUCUUCCAAUAUGCAAGUAGAAUGGAAACACUUUGCUACAAAUCUAAAAAUAUUUAUGCGAGCGAACAACUUUGAAAACGAAACAGAGGCACGUAAGGUAGCCAUUUUGUUAGCGUGCAUUGGAAGCGAAGCGCUGGAAAUUUUUUAUUCGUUCAAUGUGGAUAUCGACAAAAUUACCUUCGAAGAGCUACUCAAAAAGUUCGAGGAAUAUUUUCUUCCAAAAGUCAACAUCACCAUGGAAAGACAUAAACUCUUCAACAGAAAACAAGGUCAAAAUGAGGACAUAGCAUCUUAUGCUACAGACAUUAAGAACAUAAGUCUCCAGUGUGGUUUUGAAGAACUGCGUGAUAAUAUCCUAAAAGAUGUCUUCUCAUGGAACCUAAACAGCAAUUAUAAUUAUAUAAGAGAAAAGCUUCUUACAAAUGACCCAAAAACAUUUCAAGAUUCCAUAGAUUUAGCCAAGAAAUUAGAAACGUCAAGGCAGCAAGCCAAAGUCCUUCAAGGGGAACAGACAUCGUCGUCACAGUCAUCUUCAUUUGUAGGAAACGUCAACAGUCACAAAAAGUUUAAUAAUAAUUUAAAUCAUUUUAGAAGGAGUUCACGUUCAGUCAGUCCAGCAAGAUCAAGACAUAGUCCAGUCAGUCCAGUCAAGCAAAGAAAUGUCAGUCCGUCCAUCAGUUCAAAAAAUUGUCAUCGAUGUGGGCAGAUACAUCGAGUUCGUUGUCCAGCCAUAGGAGUAAUCUGCAGCCUGUGCCGAAAACCUAACCAUUUUGCUAAGGUAUGCCGUAACAAAAAACAGCUUAACACAAUCUCUCAGUGUCAAGAAGUCAAACCUUUAUUAAUUUUGUCAUGUGAUGCAAAUACAAGUAAAGAUAGUGCUUUCAAAAUAGAUUUACUAGUCAAUAAAGUACCUGUUAACUUCACUUUGGACACGGGUGCAGAAACGAACAUUUUAUCUCUCAGUGACUUCAAGAAAUUAAAUAUAUCGUCAGACAUUUUACAAAAAAGUAACUACAAGCUUAGUACAUUUAGUGGUGAAAUCAUACCAACAGUAGGUGUGUGUAUUUUACCUAUUAUUCAUAAUAAUCAGUCUCAUGAAAUAACAUUUCAUAUUGUCGACUUGUCAUGUAAAAAUGUUAUUGGUCACGAGACAUGUACAAAAUUAAAAUUAAUUAAAAGAAUUCACAUUGUCAAAUUUCAGUCAAAUCUAGAGCAAACAGAUAUUUUUUCUAAAUAUGCUGACUUAUUUGAGGGUAUAGGUUGUUUAAAAGAUUUUAAAGCUCAUCUUGUCCUAAAACCUGAUGCAAUCCCUUCUAUUGAUCCUUGUAGGAAAGUUCCAUUCCGUCUUGUAGAAAACUUAAAUAAAGAAUUAGAGAUAUUGGAAAGAAAUAAUAUAAUAAAAAAGGUAGAAGAACCUACCGAAUGGGUUAAUUCUUUGGUACUUACCUCAAAUAAAAAUGGUAGAUUGAGAUUAUGCAUAGAUCCUAGAAAAUUAAAUAAUGCUCUUAUGAGACCUCAUUACCCUUUGCCUACCAUAGAUGAAAUUAGAUCUACAUUGUCAGGUGCCAAAUACUUCAGCACUCUAGAUGCCAACAAAGGUUUCUGGAUGAUUCUUUUGGAUGAACCAUCCUCAAAGCUUUGCACAUUCAACACUCCACAAGGAAGGUAA